AUGUCCUCCAACGAAGCCAUCAUCGUCAACAAAAUCACCCCCGCCUACUGGCGCGCAACCUUCAACAACGGCACCCUCAACCUCUUCGGUCCCGAAGGCUACAUCGCCCUCAAGAACCUCGUCGCGGACCUCGAAUCCGACAAGUCCGUCCGCGUCAUCGUCUUCGACUCCUCCAGCCCAGACUUCUUCAUCGCCCACGCCGACAUCCAGCGCGUCGCCGAAGAGCCCCAGGGCCCAGGCACCGGCUUCGUCGCCACCUGGGCCAGCCUCGCCGUCCGCAUCGCCAGUCUCCCCGUCGUCACCAUCGCCGCAAUCAGAGGCCGCGCGCGCGGCUUCGGCGCCGACUUCUCCAACAACUGCGACUUGCGCUUUGCCAGCCGUGAGCGCGCCGUCUUCUGCCAGCCCGAGGUCGGCGCGGGCGUCAUUCCCGGUGGCGGAGCAUUCGAGCUGCUCCCUCGACAGGUCGGCCGCGCAAGAGCCUUGGAGAUCCUCCUCAGCUCAGACGACUAUGACGCUACUACGGCCGAGCUGUACGGAUGGAUCAACCGCGCCAUCCCAGACGCCGAGUUUGAAGACUUCGUCGAUAAGUUUGCUCGACGACUCGCAGGCUUCGAUGCAAAGCUCCUGGUUGAGACGAAGCGGGUCGUGGACGCUCGCUGGGGGAUGCCGAGCCAAGUCGACUUUGCUGCCGGAAUGGCUCUUUUUGGGGAAUCCACCAAAUGGCCAUCCGCUGCUCGUAUGAAGGCUCUUUUUGAUAAAGGUCUCCAGAAAGAUGAAGAAGUUGAGCGUAAUUUGGGUGCUGUCCUCGGAACUGUCACAGAGCAAGACUUGGCCAAAUAUAGCGAGUAG